UGGCCGUGCGGGGUGAGCGGAGCGCUGGUCCGGGGCGCGUCGUCCACCGCAGCCUCUCAGCCAUGGGCGCCGUGUGGUCAGCCCUGCUGGUCGGCGGGGGUCUGGCGGGAGCGCUCGUCCUGUGGCUGCUGCGGGGCGACCCCGGGGCCCCGGGGAAAGACGGGAGUGCGGUGCCGCAGAAGGACGCCCCUCCAGCAGAGGCUGCGUCUCCGGGAGGCGGUCCGGGUGGCGGUGGCGGCCUGAGCCCUGAACCUUCCGAGCGGGAGCUGGGCUCUAAACCAGAGCAUCUUCAAGGAAGCAACGGACAUUUGAUUUCUGAGACCACAGAUCUUGGUACCUUGCAGAAAGCACAGAGAGCACACAGUGUUGGCAGAGAGUGUGUUCCCGAUGGAAAGAUUCCAGACACACACUCCAAGGCUGACUUCGAAGUGCCAAGAAAUCAAAGCACGGAAUGGAGACUCCUCAAAGGACAAGAAACAGUUGCUAAAGCAGCUGGGAGUGUGGCAGAGAAGCUGCCUUCCAGCAGCCUGCUCAGGGAUGGAGCUGAAUCUGCCAGCCUUGCACAGUCGGUCAGUCAGGACCCAGCAGGCCACGAGGACUGGGAAGUGGUGUCUAGGCACUCUUCUUGGGGGGAUGUUGGUUUGGGUGGCAGUCUCCAGGCUUCUGGCUUAAGCCCACGUCAGGGAAUGGACGAUGGCAGAAGCAGUCUUGUGGGAGGCAGAGGCUGGGAAGCAGAUGGGAAGGCGCCGUCUCUGGAACCGCAGCAGGUCAGCAUCCGGUUCCAGGUGCACUACACCACAAGCACUGAUGUGCAGUUUGUUGCAGUAACUGGCAACCACGAGAGCCUUGGGGGAUGGAAUGCAUACGUCCCCCUUCACUGCCACAAGGACGGGCUUUGGUCUCAUUCUGUCUUCCUGCCUGCAGGCACAGUGGUGGAGUGGAAGUUUGUGUUGGUAGAGAACAAGGAAAUUACACGAUGGGAAGAAUGCAGCAAUAGACGCCUACAGACUGGCCAUGAGGAUAAAGUGGUUCAUGGGUGGUGGGGGAUUCCCUGACUCAGUUUGCAAAGCAUCCCCGAGGCUGCAGCAGGGUGAGGAAGAGGCUGAGGCUGUAGAGCACACCGCAUGGUUUAAAGUAAGGGCGGUGUGAUUCCAAAUGUAGCCAUCAGAGUUCUUUCAGAUUUGCUAGUGUGGCUUCUGUCCAAAAGGUAGGAAGAUAUAUGCAUGCAAGCAAUGCUUCCUGUGAGCUGGAACUUUUCCCUUGUUGCAUUGACUGGUUUGUGCAGACACACCAUUACUUGAGCGGGACUGCUCAGGGCCUGGGUAGUUGAUUUGGCUAAAAGCCUGAGGUCUGGCCUAUGGGCAAGGAGAAACUAAUCAACUGCACAAGUAUGAGGGAGAGCCCUUAGGAGCUCUUAGAAUAGGAAGAUUCCAAUAAGCCUCGUUAAAUCCAGCUAAAGCAGCACUGUUUACAUUUAAAAUUAACACUGUAAGGACUGUGACCAGUAAGGAUCUGAGUGAAACUCAAGACUCCCUGUUAGUUUUUGUCCCAUUUUAAUGCUGAGGAUAGGUGGGAAGCUGGCUGGUAUGUCUUUGUCUUAGUGGUUGAAAGCCUAAUCAGAGUUGGUCAUCCAGGAAGGAGAGCAUGAGAGGCUGUGAGAUGCUGAGGUGGCUUGAAGGGUAUGCUUCUAUGAGGGCUGGGGGUUACAGGGCCAUGUCUGGCUCCAGCAAAGGGUGCAUCUGUCCUCUACCCACAGUGGCCUGGCCGGACCAUCUCCGCUGUCCCACCCCACUCCCACCAGAUCUCAACAAAUGGGCUGCCCUAAGGAAGUUUUUUUCCAUCUGUUACCUCUUCACUCUCCUUUCAUACCAGUGAGUGAAAAUCUAUAUAGGACCAUGAUACAGAAGAAUCUUUGCUCUGAGAAAUAAUUAUUAAGCAUUAAGUUAUAAUUGAAUAAUAAAUCCUGAAUUUUAGUAUCUUUA